ACCUUGCGUAUGAAGUAUGGCGGCCCCAGCCACACAACUACUACUCGGCCAAAGUUUAUUGCUCAGAUUUUCACGUGAGAGCGAUGAAUAAGUACAGAGACCGAGGAGUCGGUAACGAAGAGCUCUGCGACUGUAAACAGAGGAAAGGACUUGCAGGAAGAGUCGUCGGUCUCUCGCCGGCUGAGUUUCCUCGAUUUCUCUUCGCCUCCUUGAUAGAAGUGCCUUUAGUCCGGGUACCACAGGGGAAGAAGCUCCGAAAGACGGGAAGAGUGGACACGGAAGUUUGAAACAAACUGAUUUAUGUGGCUUUGGAAAGCACAGUUGCAAAAGUAUUAAAUUGGAGUGGCCAGAAAUGUUUUUGUGAGGCAUUAAAGUGCACUUGUCCGACUUUUAUUACCAGCGUGUUCACAGCGACCCAGCAAGAGCCAACUGUUGACUGCUCGAUGUGCAUUUAAGGGUCUGGCGCUGCUUACCACCAGCUAACGUAAGUUAGCCUCCAUGGCUACCUUCAACACUAGCUUGAGGUCGCCAGCUAACCAUCAAUAUAAAUGUUUCCUUGGACAUGUUCCUGUGAAAUGCCUUUUUUUGACCUCUGAUACACCCAGGCUCCAUUAAUGCAUGAUAAACAGAGACAUACUGGAGUAAUACGGAUCUGCAUAGGUGACUUGCAUCACCCAUACUCCAGGAGAGGACAGACGGAGUCAGGGAAAGGGGCUCCCCUCCCUGCCUGGGGGGCCAACGGUUGGACGGUGAGCAACUGAGUCCAGCUUGGAGAGUCCCGGCUGCGGCCUGGCACCCUGCCCUUAUGGGGCAGCAGCCGGGGAAGUUUGUCGGGGACCAGAGGAGACCCAGUCUGCCAGCCUUUAUAAAGGGUGGGAAGAGAGAGUCAUCACGCCAUGGGACCCAGCCCUGCAACGUUUUUGCUGUGCACGAAGCUCUCCAAAGACCAGACUUUGAGGGUCAGGGUCUGACAGAAGCGGCCCGGUGGAACUCGAAAGAGAACCUGUUGGCUGGACCCAGCGAGAAUGACCCCAACCUGUUUGUGGCACUCUAUGAUUUCGUUGCCAGUGGUGACAACACACUCAGCAUUACCAAAGGAGAGAAGCUGCGUGUGCUGGGUUACAACCACAAUGGCGAGUGGUGCGAGGCACAGACCAAGAACGGCCAGGGUUGGGUGCCGUCCAACUAUAUCACACCAGUCAACAGCCUGGAGAAGCACAGCUGGUACCAUGGACCUGUAUCACGCAACGCUGCAGAGUACCUGCUCAGCUCGGGCAUCAAUGGGAGCUUUCUGGUUCGCGAGAGUGAGAGCAGCCCCGGCCAGAGGUCCAUUUCUCUGCGGUACGAGGGGAGAGUCUACCAUUAUAGGAUUAACACUGCGUCUGACGGCAAGCUGUACGUCUCGUCAGAAAGCCGUUUCAACACACUGGCGGAGCUGGUGCACCACCAUUCCACGGUGGCCGACGGCCUCAUCACCACGCUGCACUACCCGGCGCCGAAGCGCAACAAGCCCACCAUCUACGGAGUUUCUCCCAACUACGAUAAGUGGGAGAUGGAGCGCACUGACAUUACCAUGAAGCACAAGCUGGGAGGGGGCCAGUACGGGGAGGUGUACGAGGGUGUUUGGAAGAAGUACAACCUCACUGUGGCAGUCAAGACACUAAAGGAGGAUACGAUGGAGGUGGAGGAGUUUCUUAAGGAGGCCGCUGUUAUGAAAGAGAUCAAACACCCCAACCUGGUACAACUGUUGGGUGUGUGCACACGGGAGCCACCGUUCUACAUCAUCACAGAGUUCAUGACCCACGGUAACCUGCUAGACUACCUGAGAGAGUGCAACAGAGAGGAGGUCAACGCUGUGGUGCUGCUUCACAUGGCCACGCAGAUCUCCUCUGCCAUGGAGUACCUGGAGAAAAAAAACUUUAUACACAGGGACCUAGCUGCCCGUAACUGUCUGGUCGGUGAGAACCACCUGGUGAAGGUUGCGGACUUUGGUCUGAGCAGGUUAAUGACAGGAGACACCUACACUGCUCACGCCGGAGCCAAGUUCCCCAUCAAGUGGACCGCUCCAGAGAGUCUGGCCUACAACAAGUUCUCUAUUAAGUCUGACGUCUGGGCAUUCGGUGUGCUGCUGUGGGAGAUCGCCACCUACGGCAUGUCUCCAUACCCCGGCAUUGACCUGUCCCAGGUCUACGAGCUGCUGGAGAAAGACUACCGUAUGGACCGACCAGAGGGCUGCCCCGAGAAGGUCUAUGAGCUCAUGAGGGCCUGUUGGAGGUGGAAUCCUUCAGAACGUCCCUCUUUUGCUGAAACGCACCAAGCCUUUGAAACCAUGUUCCAGGAGUCCAGCAUCUCUGAUGAGGUGGAAAAGGAGCUGGGCAAGAAAGGGAAGAAGGCGACAUUAGGCUCUAUCCAGCAGGCUCCCGAGCUGCCCACCAAGACCAGGACCCUCCGCAAAAACAUGGACAACCGGGAUGGAGAUAGUCCAGAUCCAGUGGAGCCAGAGGCAGCUGUGUCGUCACCCAUGCUUCCCAGGAAAGAGCGCCCCCUCCUGGACAACAACCUGAAUGAGGACGACCGCUUGAUACCCAAAGACAAGACGCGAAGUUUUCUCAGCCUCAUCAAGAAAAAGAAAAAGAAUGCACCCGCUCCGCCCAAACGCAGCUCCUCUUUCAGAGAGAUGGACGUCCACCCUGACAGGAGAGGUGUGACUCCAGAUCCUCGAGACAGUGAUGGCUUCAACAAUGGUGCAUCUUUGGCCAUUAAUGACAACACACACGGCCUUGACUCCUCCAGGUUCCUAAGUACUAACAAUAAUGGGGCAGGGGGCAUCGCGAAUGGGGCUCCUACCUACCCAGGGCCAUUAUUCCCUAGGAAGAAGGGGGCUCCUGCAGUGCCUGGCCCGGGAGGCAAAGCAGCUACCACACCACCCAGUGAGGAGGAAUCCAUGUCCAACUCGAAGCGUUUUCUCUGGUCCUCUAGCAUGCCCUCUGGCUCGGAUGGCAAUGAAUGGAAGUCCGUCACACUGCCACGAGACUUGGGCCAGCGCCACUUUGACUCAGGUACCUUCGGGGGAAAGCCAGCUCUGCCGCGCAAGAGAACCAGCGAGCAGAAAGGGGAGAGCGCCCCUCGGAUGGGCACCCUGACACCCCCGCCACGUCUAAACACCUCAUCAGAUGUCACCUCUUCCUUCUUAGGCAAAGACACUGAUCCCAGUCCUGGUUCCAGUCCCCAGGCUUUAACACCUAAGGCGGUUAGGAGACCAGGUGUGCCGGGGCUGGAGAACUCCAAAACCAGCGCUCUCCAUGCUGAGCUUCUCAAGCCCAAUGUUUUCCCUGCUUUGGGGGCAGCUGGAGAGGAGUGCAGGGCCCGCAGACACAAGCACCCCGUGGACUCCUCAUCUGUCAGGGAAAGAGGAAAGUUGCAGAAACCCAAGCCGGCCCCACCUCCGCCACCCACCAAUGCCAAAACAGGCAAGAUCUCCCGCAGCCCCACCCAAGAACUCCCCUCCCCCUCCUCCACCACCUCAGACAUCAAAGCUAAGGGCCUCCCCUCUGUCUCAGAGCCCCACCACACAACCACUGCCAGUGACCAAGCCCGCUCACCACUCAGUGAGGGCUCCAAGAAGCUGCCCCUGGGCUCCACCUCCAAACCUCAACCGUUGAAGACCUCCACCUCCUCCACUUCAGUGACCACCUCCCUCUCCAGUCAGAGUCUAGGAGGCUUCUCCUCCUCCCUCACCUCUCCCGGCGAUCAGAGCUCGCCCACUGCUUUCAUCCCGCUAGUGAACACUCGACGCUCCCUCCGCAAGACUGCACCCCGCCAGGCCUCCGAGCGCACCCCCAACUCAGCCGUGACACGCGAGAUGGUGCUGGAGGGCACCGAGCUGCUCCGCGCAGCCAUUUGCCGUAAUUCGGAGCAGACGGGUAGCCAUAGCGCCGUGCUGGAGGCCGGCAAGAACCUGUCGAAAUACUGCGUGAGCUACGUUGACUCCAUCCAACAGAUGAGGAACAAGUUUGCCUUCCGUGAGGCCAUCAACAAGCUUGAGAGCAGCCUGCGUGAGCUGCAAAUCUGCCCCACUGCCACAGGGGGCGCCAAUGCACAGCAGGACUUCAGCAAGCUGCUGUCCUCUGUCAAAGAAAUAAGUGACAUUGUUCAGAGGUAGCGCCCUAAAAGCUUAUAAUACCAAGACAUAAAACUGAUACUGUAACUUACACUACCCCCUUUUUUCUGAGCAUGUGCAUGAACCGCGGUUCAUCCUGAGCUCACGUGGGAGAGCUAAGGGUAAAGCCUGCUGGAGCACAGCAGCAGAGUGUAGGUUCACAGAACAGUACACUCUGAAACACUUAAGCCUGUGGUUAUUGUGGAUGGAAUCAAAGGAAUCUGUCUGUAGACGUUGUCAGACAGUUUGCAAUAUUGAAAAGCCUUAACUAUGAAUGAACAGUGUCUUUUGGCCUUAAUGAGGGGGCGAGGGGCCAACUUUUGAUCAACAUGACCUUUCAGCAAUCAUUUUUGAAAUGAUCAUGUCUUAUGUAUGCUAGUAGUUUUUUUUCCCCUUUAGCGAUGACACUAGUAGAAAAAAGGAUGUGAUAUCUGUUUCCAUCACUGUUUGUGUUUGAUUUUUUUUUUUCCAUUGAUGCCAAUGACAAUGAGAAAAAACAAAACACUUAACCUCAUCUUGUUCUAGGAUACCUUCUAACACUUAAACGACUGAUGUCAUAUUGUCCAUAUUGUUCACCUAUAAGAACUGGGGAGUUUCUGAAAGCACAGUGUUUAUAGCCUGAUGCCUGUGUCCAAUGCAUCCCGUCAUUUUCCAUCGCUUUGUGCCGUGUCAUCAGUGAUUGGUUGUGUGCUGAGUGAUGAAAUGUGUCAGUGUUUGUUCUGUAUGAAUGCUUUUUUGCAGUAUUUGCAACCAUGUGCCAUAAGAUAAUAAUGGGAGCAAGCAAAUGAGGGAGAACAAGCCUCCGGCCUUCCCCUUUUUUUGCUUCACUGCACACUUUGGUAACAAAUAGUGCCUUAAACACUAUUGACGGAGCUGUUUAAUUACUUCUCACUUCACAAGUGCAGAAAUGUGGCUUUGGCUGAAUUGUGCCAAGUGUCCAAGAAUAGCUGUGUUGAUUUGUUUAUUGGAUUGAAACGUUUGCCAUACCAAAAACCUUUGUCUCCAGUCUGUGCUGGAGAGGGACCAGGGUGAUCUGCAACUUAGUGGAUCUGACUGUUGUUUUAUGUUGUUCUUAGACUGGAUUUCUUUUUUUUUUUUUUUUUUUAAAUAGGUUUAAUUCAACUUUCUCUACAUGCCAGUCACAAAAGCCAUCAGUAGCAGCUUGGCCUAGCAGCAGCAUGCUGUUUGAUCUGUAAAGAGGGAUCAUGGACUGACACGGUGUUUCUCUGACCACUGAAGGGCCUCUUUGCUAGAGAGAAUUAGCUUUGAUGGAGAGUUUGUCACAUGGUCUAAAUGCUGUUUCAGAGGCCUUUCCACCCCAGCAAAAAAAAAAUAUAUAUAUCCUGGGGGAAACACUGGACUGAAAUGUUUAUUGAUCUGUCACUUGCUGUCUUACAAAAUAAUGUAUAAGUGAGAAGCUGACCAUUAUAGACUAAAAGAACCCAUGAAAUUCCACUGAAACAUCAUACGUUCCUUUAUUCUUGUCUGCAUCUCUUGGACAUUUUCACUAGUUGUGCUGUAGUCGUCUCACCCCAUGUGCCCUGUCUGACUGCGAUGCCUGAGGACACAAGUCAACCGCAAGCUGCCUUGACUUCAACAUGGUACUGUCAGUGUUGGCUUUUUUUUUUUUUUUUUUUUUUUAUUCCUCCCCUUUAUCAACCAUACCACUACAUUUUGUGACUAAGCCUCCUCACCAAUUUUGUAGACAAACUUUGCUUUCCUUUGUAAAUACAUUUUCUUUUUCCUUUCCGUUUCUCUCUCUCUAGCCUUUGUGCAAUUUUUGUUGCAAUAAAAUACAAAGCAGUUGUGCUACUUGAAAUACA